UUGAACGAAAAUUGCUCGAUCUGUUUAGAAGAAUUCACUGAUGAAAUUUUUAUAUGCGAGUUAGAAUGUAGACAUUGUUAUCAUUUCGAAUGCCUGGACACGUGGUUAGCUUUGAGAACCAGCUGCCCCAUCUGUCAAACGAACAUCAGCACAACACUACAAGUGACCAGCAGUCAA